AUUUCGACAAAAUUUGGUGAUUUUCGGUCUUUUCGUCGGUAAAAAAAUUUGUAAACGAAAUUGAAAUCCGUGGGUCUCACACAGCCUCCUCCCUGCCCACACUGCACCCUUCCCUUGCUUAAACCCUAACCAAUCGGGCGCAACGUCCUAUGACCUUCUCCGAUGGCGCUCCUCCGAGCUCUCCGGCGAGCCCUCCCGACGCUAUCCUCACCAGCGGCGGCUCUCCUCCGGCGCGCCCCGCAUCCGUUUGCUCUUCCUCAUCCUGUUCCUCUUCGGCUCCUGGAUCCGAUCGGGGUCCGCCCGUUCUCCGCCGCCGCCACCGCAUCGCAGGCGGCGGCCAUGGGGUCCAGCCUCUUCGGUGGGCUCAUGGAAACCCGGUUCCCGAAGCGCCGGCCGGGCUUCGCGAACCGGAGGAAGAGGGCCAGCCUGCGCCCCAAAGGCCCAUAUUACUGGGUGAAGUGCAAGCCAGGGGAGCCCAUCCCAGCGAACCAGCCAAACGAAGGUAGCGUGCAGGGGAGAAAGGAGAAGAAGCGGAUCAAGCAGCGCAAGGCCUUUAUCAUGGCUGAAAAGAAGAAGCGCAAAGCACAAUAUUCUGCUGCUGUUAAGAGAAAGGAGGCAGAGCGGACAGAAAGGAAGAUGGCUGCAGUGGCAAGAGAGCGGGCAUGGGCGGAAAGGUUGAUAGAACUAAAACGGCUUGAGGAAGAAAAGAAAGCCGCGAUGGCUUAAGGAGCUACUCUGGAAAAUGCAGGAUAAGUUCGGUAGGGAUGCUGCGGCCAACCAGAUGAAGGCGCUUGGGAUUUGUUCAAACCACAAAUGUGGCGCCAGAUGAAGGCGCUUGGGAUUUGUUCAAACCACAAAUGUGGCGCCGCUACAAGCUAGGAAUUCCUACAUUGACUUGAAUAAUGGUGGAUCGGUUUACGUCGACGCCUACUUUUUUGUAGCUUUUUCCUGGGGUUCUGAUGUGAAGGAAUGUUGUAAUGUUUGGUAUACAGAAAGUGCACUUGGCGUCGGAAUCCAGAAACGUUUAGGAGCUCGAGAGCAAGCCUGGAGGCUUCUGGGCAUAUACAUUGUACUUCUAUUGCCUUUGAAAACACUAGCAGGGUUUAUGCUA